AUGGCGACUAGACUCGCAGCCUUCCUCAAGAAUGCCUGGGACAAGGAGCCGGUGCUGGUCGUGUCCUUCACCAUCGCGGGUCUCGCUGUAAUUCUGCCCUCGUUAAGCCCCUACACCAAGUAUGCCUCCAUGAUCAAUGCGGUCACCCCCUACAGCUACCCAGUGCCCCUCCGAGAUGAUGGGAACAUGCCUGACGUGCCCAACCACCCCCAGGACCCCCUGGGUCCCAGCCUGGAGUGGCUGAAGAAACUGUGA